GCAGAUGGCUCGCCUUUGACGCAUAUACAUAGUUAAGCCCCAAGCUUGGCUCAAACAACAUCCAACGUCGAAGUGACUAAGAUGAUAAUUAAAUGAAAAAGGUCGCCUGUAUGCCAACUCCAAAAGAGAUUUAGCUUAGAUUAAACAUGGAGUACGGCGAAACCAUGGAGAACAUUGAGGCUGCAGCAUUGCCACAUGAGAUAACAACGUUCAAUAUCACAAUGACUGCAAUUUCGGCAUUCAUGCGGUGCAUUGCAGUCAUAAUGAACUGGUGCCUGGCCUAUGAUUAUUGGUUAACAGAGUCUUAUGCCUAUUGCUCUUGGACGAUCCUAUCGAUAUUAUUGCCAAUGAUUCUGACAUCGUUGAUAUAUUCAAAUGUACUUAUUGUCAGCAGUCUGGGCAAAAAACCUCUCAUCUAUACGGACCUAUUUUGGAAACUGGUACUCUCCUAUUUGUUUCGAGAUGCACAUACCCUGAACUGGGCAUUCAAGUACAACGAUGCUAAAAAGCGCGUCGACAAGGUUGCCGAGAUUGAAUGUUAUCGCAGACACUUGAAGGAAGAGUGUAACGUUGGCUUUAUACGACUUUUCGACCUAUUUUUAGAAACUGCUCCACAGAAAAUAUUGCAGCUGGCAAUAGUAUUGCGAUAUGUGAAAAGCUUAACGUAUUUACGUGCCCUGACUUUUCUGAUAUACUUCAUAAGCAUAGCGUAUUGCUUAGUGGCCUAUAAUCGCUCAAAUCGCUUGGUCCAGCUAGAUAAAUACGAUAUAGGAACAAAGGGACUUGUCGUGCAAUUUUGGUUCCUUCUAUGCCUGUCAUCUUCCCGCACGACUUGCAUUGCGUACAUGGCCAGCAUUUAUCCGACAGAGACUUGUGCAGCUUGUUGUUUGCAUGUGUUAGUUUGUGCGAAUGUUGUUUUUGUACUGGACACACCAAAGUUUGGCAUUUGUGCAUUUUUAAACUACAUAUUGUGCCUUGGGUUCGGCGUGGUUUAUGUAUUCAUAUUCACACCCGUUUCCGAUGCACCCACAAAGUACAAGUAUUCCAUUUACUUAUCGUUUUGUUUUUUGCAAAAUCUUGUCGUUUGUAUAAUUUGGAUACCAUUGCAGAUAUCCGUAUUGAUCAAUGUCUUAUAUAUGACAGGUAUUCUGCUGAUGAUCUACUAUUACUUGAAAUGCCAUCCAGGAAUUACAUCUGCUAUAUUUUAAAGAUGAAUAAAAAUAGAGUUGAUUAUUUGUUUUACA